AUGUGUAAGGGUGGUGUUGAGAGAGGUCAAUUGAAGGAGCAUCAGGAAAAACAUUGUCCUCUUCAUGAUGCUUAUAAACAAGUUGAUGAAUUGAAAGAGACAUUGAAAAGAAAAUUCAAUGACAAGCUAGAAAAGGAAUAUGCCAAGAGGACAAAGAUAUUGGAAAAUACACAACAUGAAGUGGUGAAAUUAUUGCAAAGCGAUUAUGAAAAACUUGUCAAGCAAACAAAACAGGACUUUGAACAACGGAGGGAUGAAUUAACUCAGGAAUUUGAAUUGAAGGAGCAAUCAUUCAAAAUUAGAGUUAAUGAAUUCGAAAAUUCAGUUGUUUCUAGAGAGAAAUUAGAAGCAAGUAACAAACCUAUUCAUUUAAAUGUUAGAGGAAAAAUCAUGACAGUUUCGUUGGGUGAUUUUAUUCAUAAUGAAAGAGAGCCAGAUAAUUUAUUCAAGAAAAUGUUCACUGGUCAACAUCCAUGCUAUCAAACACAAUGUUCGACAUUCAACUCUGAUCCAGUUUAUUUUAUUGAUUGUGAUCCAAUUGUUUUUAAACAUAUUAUCGAGUGGUUACAAUACGGAGCUAUUGCAAUUGAAUUGAGUAAUGAUGUGAAACGAUCCCUUUUAAAUACCUGUAAAAAGUUUGAAUUGAAAAAUAUUAUUAAUGAAUUGGAAAAUGAAGAGUCAACAAGACUCAAUUUGAAAAACUUUGUCAAUUUACACAAAAUUCAAAAGAGGUCAUUGAAUUUUAAAUAUUAUAAUUUUAAUGAUUUGAGUGCUUGUGAUUUUAGUGGAAUGAAUUUAGAAAGUUCAAAUUUCAAGAUGCUAAUACUGAAAGGAUGUGAUUUUAGCAAUUGUAAUUUAACUAAUGCUAAUUUUAUAGAAUGUGAUAUGAUUGAAUGUAAUCUCAGUAAUUCUAUUUUGAAUAAUACUAAUAUUUCAAAAAGUAACUUGUCAGGAGCUAAAAUUGAUGUUUGUGAGUUGAUUCAAAAGGUUGAUUUUUCAAGAUGUAAUUUAUCAAACAUUUGUUUCAAACAAUUUAAAUUCGAUAACGUAAUAUUUACAAACUCAAUUAUUGAUGGAUCUAAAUUUGAGAAUAUUACUUUUGAAAAGUGUAAAAUCAAAACACAUUUUAAAAAGAAUAAUGGAUUGAUUAAUUGUAAAUAUAUUGCAUGUGAUUUCACUGGAACAAUAUUUGAAGAAAUUGAUUUCAAAUUAAUUGAACCAAGUUUAUCAACCACUUUAUUUAGUAAUUGUACAUUUAAGAAUUCAGAUUUGGGAAAAUGA